AUGGUUGUGGACACUGUGCGUGUGUGCGUGCGUGUUCAGGUGCUGUGCUGCUCCUCCGGGCUGAGCUGCCUGGCAUUAACCUCUUGGGUGCUGUGCUUGCUUGCAGGUGAGCCUUCGAGGUGGUCACCCUCCCACUGCGACUGCUGCUGCAAGAACGCCACAGGUGACAAAGACGGGGAGAGCGGCACGUCUUGCAACGACCUCUCCACGUCCAGCUGCGACAGCCAGUCUGAGGCCAGCUCUCCCCAGGAGACGGUCAUCUGUGGGCCUGUGACACGCCAGACCAACAUCCAGACUCUGGACCGUCCCAUCAAGAAGGGCCCCGUGCAGCUGGUCCAGCAGUCCGAGAUGCGGCGGAAAAGCGAUCUGCUCCGGACUCUGACUUCGGGCUCCAGGGAGUCGAACAUGAGCAGCAAAAAAAAAGCUGUUAAGGAAAAGCUCUCAAUUGAGGAAGAGCUGGAGAAAUGCAUCCAGGAUUUCCUAAAGAUCAAAAUCCCAGACCGGUUCCCGGAGAGAAAACAUCCUUGGCAAUCUGAACUUUUACGGAAGUAUCAUCUAUAGGGGAGGGCCGGGGGUGGGAGAAGAAACGAGUCAUGUCGCCAUUUGGAAAUAAAGCUCCUAACGAAAUUCAUAUUUGAAAAGGAAAGUAACAACUAACAAUACGUUUGUUAGAACACAGUAGCCCAUUGAUAUACUACUGCCUAUUUACCUAGUUCACCUUAACAUUUAAAUCCACAGGGUAGAUUUCUUUCCAGAUGUGGAAUGAUAAGAAAAUCUCUUUUUGGUUCCUUGUUUGUUUGUUAACUGGAUACCACAUGCUGAGUAUCUUAUGUAUAAUGAGAACCGGCUACGGAAGAGUAGCUGAGAGGCUUUGGGAGUCCUUUAUCCCAAACUGGGUUUUUCUCUCAUCUUCUACCUCCCUCCUCUGAAUGAGAAUGUGGUAGAAAGAGAUCUGGCCCAAUGGCAUAUGUCUGGGUUUUUUUAAUUUUCCUUUUCCCUUUUGUUCAUGGGGUAAGGGGGGAAAAGGCAGAUUUAUAUGACUUUUCACUGAAAUCUAUUAUGUGCCAGUUUAUAUUGAUGCUGUAUGCAUGAGUAUUUGUGCGACAGAAGCACAACGAUGUCUGUACAUACACCCAGUGCACGUGUCCCCUGGGCCUGGUCAUCUUAAAGGGAACACCCCUGCUCCCAGCAGCACUCUGGUCGACUAAUUGAGGCACAGAUGAGCCUCUGCUCCUUUCUUUAAAACCCUUCUGGGAAGAUUUCCCAGCCUCUCUUGGCAACACUUUCCAACAUCGAGUAACCCUGGUCAACAACAAAUUGUCUUCCUUAUUUUGAAAUUAACACCCUCAGGCUCCAUUUUACAGUUUUGCUCUUUCUCUGCACUAGGAGAGGGUGAGAAGAGCUCACUAAAACAUUCUUUGUAUUAAAGAAACAAACAUUCGUAUCCACAAAAAUUAUGACUCAGUGACCCCGCACUCAGCCUUCUCUACCCUGAGCUGAGUUACCUUCCUUCUCUCAAUGUUUUCAGAGUACUUACUGCCCAUGUUUUAGUGUAGCCUUUUCAUGUGACCCACAUUCAGUUCUCCGUGUUCCUAUGUACUUGAAUAAGGGUCCGGCCUUUUGUUUGUUUCUUUAAGAGGGAAUUGUAUUCCACACACUGCCUAAUAAUUUCUCAUAACUUUUUAAAACUACAGUGCUACAUUGUUACUCUCUUGUAGCCAGUUUUGUCUGUGGGAUUCUGGGAUUUGGCUGUGCCUGUUCUAUGAUUUGGCUGUCAUUUCCCUGAUGUCUAUGACCCCCCCAACUAGAUAACUAAAGCUUCAGAAUUAAGGUUUUGGCUUUCUAAACUAUCUUUCUUGAAUACAUCUUUGACCUGUAUAGACACAGUCAAAAAGAAACUGCUAAUAGUCAUCUAUCCGUAUGACUCUGUAUUCUAUUAAUGUACCAAUAGCUCUUUCAUAGGCUUGUGGUAAAUGAAGAUUAAAAGACCAGUUUUUAAUUUCAGCAUUCCUCAUGCAUUUCAGUGGGAACUUAAAAAAUAAUUUGUCAAUCAUUAUUUGUGUGCCAAGCACUCCUAAUUUUUUUUUUUAUUGUGUGUGUGUGUAUGUAUAUAUGUAUCACAGGUAAUAAAGGCAACUGGAUGAUGUCUGUAGGAGGGAAAAUAAUGAC